UGGAGCGGAUGACAGAAAAUGACACUGGAUCACACGCGCUAAUUCACACUACCAUAACAGGCUGGAUGAAGCACGGGGUGUGACUCUGAGAUGUCUGUUUCCAGCUCACAGGCAGCUGCAGGCCUUUAGAGCACCAACUCUGGGAAUAAGAAUAAGAGAAAAGCCUCAUUGACAUGACAGGAGAGCAGAGUGUGCUGGUGAAGCGGCACGAUGAUUCACAUGAGGUCUUCCAAAUACCUGUUGUUAUCCAUCUUUUCUGACGAUCUAAAGCUAAAUGGAAACUUUAAGUUACCGCGGCAGCCGGACAUCUCCCGUGGUUUCAAAGGGAGCUCGGCAGUGAUUGCAGGCCACUCCCUGAUUAGCCACACCUGUUCCUCAUUAUCCCCUCAGCUCACAGUGGAGAGGCUCCACUCACCAUUCACUCACAUCACAUUCAAUUGUAGAGAUGUUGAACCGGAUGAAGAGGCUGUGAAUGAACCGAUCAACGACGCGGAUGACAAACAACAAGGCGGCUGUGUUUGUGAAGCAGAUGAAGGGAUGAACCAGAGGAGCAUGAGGAGGAGGCGAAGGUCUUGACCAGGCAACACAGGCACCGGGAUCAGGGUUUUCUUUAGCGGCUGCUGACAUCUCCAAACAUCCUGGCAACAAUUUGACUCGGCGGAUAAACAAACUGUAUUUUCAGCCGCAGGUUUGGACAUGAAUCGCUGGUGUGAGUGAACAGAUGAUGAGCUGAUCUGUGAGAGGAGGCAGGGACCACUUUCACUUGUCUCCUCCACCCUGAAACACACCAGUUUGUUUCAGUCGGAGGAAUCCAAGUGGAGCUCAGUCGGAUUAGAGAAGGAGAGAUUUAUAAUUUUAUCUGUUUAUUCUCAUUUCCCCAUCAUCUCCCUGCUGCCUUUUUUUUUCUUCUCUCGUUGGAAUUGGCUUCAAAACAAGACCAUGACAAGGAUGCUGCUUCUCAUUAAGGGGAUUGUGGACCGGACUUUCUAGUCCACUAGGUGAUGACUGGACAAGUGGAGCCUUUGUGGACAUCAGUGUAACAUUUGCUCGAUGAAGGCAGGAGUCCUUUCUUGAGCCAACAUUGUUCUACUUCACACCCACAUUCUCAGAAAUCUGAAUUUGGUGAUUGGACCAUUCACUUGGAAAUGCACCACACCACCUGAAUAAUCCAGCUUCUGCACUGCCUCCAGUUGCUGAGGCUUGUGAAGGCUCUGCCAACACAGACGCACCAGAGAACAAUCGGCGCACUUGAAUUAUCCACCUCCCAUCUCUGAUCCCUGACCCCCACGUGUGUCGGAAAACCUCGGGACCACAUUGUGGGGCUGUUAACCUGUCAGCAGCUGCUCCAUUUGAAUGAAGCAGUAGCCUUUCAUUCCUCUGAGCUCUAGCAGACUACAGGGGCACUGCUCUGUUGUGCACCUCUACCUGGGCUGCCGGCCAGCCAGACGGCCCUCUGGGGGGUUUGGAUUGUGCAGGUACAGCUGGAGAUUUAGGAGUUACUCAGAGUUUCUUCUUCACCACGUGGGCAGAGAAGGAGGGGGACACCAUGGGGUGCUGUAGCGGCAGGUGUACCUUGGCCUUCAUCUGUGGCAUGCAGCUGGUCAGUGUGUUGGAGCGUCAGGUGAUCGAUUUCCUGGGCUACCAGUGGGCUCCCAUCCUGACCAACUUCAUCCACAUCAUCGUCGUCAUCCUGGGCCUGUUUGGCACCAUUCAGUUCAGACCAAGAUACGUCACAGGGUACGCGGCCUGGCUCGUGGCGUGGAUGACCUGGAAUGUUUUCAUCAUCUGUUUUUACCUGGAGGUUGGGGAUCUCUCCAAAGAUUCUGACCUCGUGCUGACUUUCAACCUGUCCAUGCAUCGCUCCUGGUGGAUGGAGAACGGCCCCGGGUGCAGGGUGACACCCAUCACCCCUCCCCCCUCCUGGGCACCCGAGGACCACCGAUAUAUAUCUAUAUCUGGCUGUCUGAUGGAUUUCCAGUUCAUAGAGGUGGCUCACUCCUCGCUGCAGAUACUGCUGGCUUUGGUGGGGUUUAUCUACGCCUGCUAUGUGGUCAAGCUCAUUUCUGAAGAGGAGGAUAGCUUCGAUUUUAUAGGAGGGUUUGACUCGUAUGGUUACCAGGGGCCUCAGAAGACGUCUCACCUUCAGCUACAGCCCAUGUACAUGUCAAAGUAAACCCGGGAUAAACUCGAGGAGAGCUGCCUUACCAACCACCACUGCUUCACAUCCUGCUUUUACUACUUCAACUGAAAAACAACUGAGACACAGUCAAGUAGAUGGGAGUCACUGACAUUUGAAUUUUCUGUGAUUCAACCAACAAAUACCCCCUC